CAGCCAAAAGCAAGUACGUAUUCCAAUCAACCUUAGCUGCCUCUGGGACUUGGAAGCUCCCAUGCCUCCAAUAAUGGGUGGUCAAUAUCCAAGCCAACGAUGAUACAUAUCCAAGCUCGUAAACAAGUCCCAACAUUUGCUUCUCGCGCACCAUGUCGCAAGAAGGGAACAGCUCCCCUGCAUGGCUGGAGGAGCUGCAACUGUCCGACGUGCUGACGUCCGACGCAGUCCGCUCGCUGCACGCGACGAUCGAGCAGGAGUGGGACUUCCUCCGGCGCAGCGCCUGCCAGACCGCGGCCGGCCGGGCCUUGUGGAGCCACGCUGUGCAUGACCCCAUUGCCGCUGUGUUAGCAGGGGAGAGCUACCUCAGGAGCCUCUACGAGAAGAUGAGGCAGGACAAGCUCAACAAUGCCCAGGAAAUUUCCGGCGUCAUUCUUGCGGUCCGAACUUUGUGGUUCGAUUCCCGGCUGGAAGCCGCCAUCGACUCCUUCGUCACCAGGCCUGCUCAAGUUGUUCUGCUUGGUGCAGGGAUGGAUGCGAGAGCUUACAGGUUGAACUGCCUCAAGGAAAGCAUCGUGUUCGAGGUCGACUUCCCGGAGCUGUUGCAGGUCAAGGCAUCUCUGCUCAAGGAAGUGAUGGUGUCGUCCAAAGAGCACCAGAUUUCGAUGCGAGCUAAGUCGUUGAUCAGAGUGGCAGCAGACCUCAGAGAAGGAGACUGGAUCGAGAAGCUACAGAAGAGUGGAUACCUGCCUGAGAGGCAAACAGUGUGGGUGCUGGAAGGCAUUCUCUACUACCUCCCUCACCUCCUUGCCAUGCAAGUCCUGGAGGCCAUCGCCGCCGGUUGCACCUCCACACACAGCGUCCUGCUCGCGGACUUCAUGAACAAAUCCUCCGUUUCGCUCUCGGACUCCACCUUCCAAUUCUACAGUGAUUGGCCAGAUCAUUUGCUGUCCAGUAUGGGAUACGGACAGGUCAAGCUAUCCCAAAUUGGAGACCCUGAUGCCCACUUUGGGUUGCUGAGUGACUCCCAGAACCUGUUCCAUAAGCUAAGGAGGUUGCCUAGGUCCAUGGAGAUCGACCCUGACGACGGAACGCCUUGCCGGAGGUUGUACCUGGUGGAGGCCUCUAAUUAAUCGUCUCUCUAUACAACCAGAAAAGAAAAUUUGUGGUUUUGUAAUGCUCUUCUAGUAAAUUUGCUUGGAAAUUAAGUAGAAGAUUUGGCAUAAACAAGACUGUAAGCCUGUAACACAAUUGUAUAUUUGCAUGACUAUUUGAAUUUGGAAUUCAAAUUAGAUGAGAAA